AGCAGAUGGCACUGUUGGUGUAAAUUUAGCUUGUUUUCUUUUCAAUUUGCCAAUGUGGGUCUUAUUUCUAAAUUGAGAUUUUUCUGAUUGUUUCAGGGAGUAAGUAACAAAUUUCAGCAAUUUAGUGGUAUCGGGAGUCUAUUUUUACGCAAAGUAAACUCCAUAAAGCUUUCAGUACAAACACUACUAAACUCAAUUUGAUGGUUAACAAAAAAGAUGUGUUUUAUUAUACUGACUGACAGUCCCGUGUCCAAUAAAACUCGCAUUAAAACGACCUAAAACUUUGGACUUUUACGUAAGCAAAAAUAAUUCAUUUGGACACAAUCGGAAUAAUUUUUCGCUCCCAUGAUUGCAAGUUUCACUUGAAUUUAUUUUGAUUCAAAGAAAUAUUCUAGGUUGCGUCAUUAUACCACGCCAACGCUGAAAUUUAUACGCCACUGGUGGUCUUCAGUCAAUUAUUCGAUUAGAUCGACAAAAACAACGCUGAAAACUGAAAAAUCAAUUGGUGUUACCUGAAAAUGCGUUAAUAAAACUGAAAUCUUGACCUAGUUGUGGGUAAAUUGCUUGCGAAAAGUCGGAAAUGUGUGAGAAGUAUUGUCAAAUUGUUCUAAAAGUAGUAUCAUGGUUGUGGUAACGUUUUUCAGCGUGCGUCUCUAUAAAUGCAUCGAUGUUGUCUAUUUUUAGCCAAACAUUUGAUCCUCGCGCGUAUUUCAGGAGGUUAAUUUGCUGAUUGUUGGGCAGCUCUUGGGGAAUUUCAGGGCGCCUCCAUGAACUUGAAAUUUUGGCCUGAAAAAAGCCGAGUUCUGCGAAAGUUUAUUCUAUCGCUGUUGCUAUAUAAUCUAAUAUUUAUCUUUAUUUUGCUAACUCUGUCUAGCUUAGUAGGUGUCUCUUGCCAAAUGGGAUAUUUUUGUUUCCAAGUAGCCGCUACUUGCUCUGUCGCGUCAGUGUUGAGUGGCUAACCAAGUGGACGCGUGAUGCCCAAAAACCCACAAAAUGUACCAUGACACAGCCCCAACAACUCACCCCAAAACCGCAAAUUGUGCCAAGUGUGACAAGUGACCCCACCUGAAACCCCAAACAAAACCCCUAAAACGUGCGCUGAAACGAUUUAAAUAUUUGCAGCCUACGCUGAAACCUGAAAGAUGUUUGCCAAGAAAGAGGUACAGUUUUAGAUUAUAAUCAACUAUUUUAUUGUUUAUUAAAAUUGAUCAAACGAUCAAAAUGGCGCAAAUUUAACCCGAAAAUGGCGGAGCGCCCUCGCAAAACCCUAGGCAGGAGUGCCUCGACUGAAAGCACUGAAUAUUCCCUAACAAUGGGCCGCUCAAUCCGGGACAAGAAAAAGAAACCCAAAGAGCGGUGGCUUCUAACACGCAAAACUUGGAGGUACAUGACGGACGCCGGCCGCAAACUCAUCCCAGAUGGGGCCCAAAACCGCCCCGAAGACAUCCCCAAAAUCGAAGCCUAUUUUCAGGAAGUGUGCAAACGCGAACCCAAAUUCCUCCUCUGGCGCAAAAACUCCUAUCCGGGAGCUUUAAGCUUCCGGAAAAAAGCUCGGAGGAGUUGUCGGAAAGCUUCGUCCGCCGACAGUGUCGAUCUUAUCAAAUUGGAGAGACCGAAAGAUUUGGCUUUGCCAAGCACAAGUGGUGCUCGUUUCGACAUKCAAAAAAUGAAAUAUGAGUUUUUGAAUAAACCCUCGCCAACACAGGAGGAUUUGGAGGAGAAACAGCUCUUGACGAUGCUGGAACAAUACUUGACAAUUCCAAACCAACCCAAUUUUAAUUAUCAAGAAUUGAUCGAUAAGUUGCAACGACAUUUAACCCUUGCAAGUCGUAGUAAUUACCCCACGUAUCAAAAUCAGGUCCUUUUUCACGGUGAUCAUGUCCAAAAAUCCCUCUCAGAGACUUUGAGUCGGUAUUUUGGGCAAUGCACCAAUCGUGAUAAAGUCAUUUCGGAUCUACUCACUGAUCGGAAAGCUCUCGAAAAGCUCUAUUUCGACUUGAGGAAAGCUCGRGGUUUCAGGAGAAAUGUUAGUUCGUCUGGGAUUUGUUUGUCGAAAUAUUCGCAAAGCUCGAAUUAUGAGAAACUCCAGUCACACCCGCCGCCGUUGAUUGAAAUCGAGAAUGAGUCUAGUAGUGUCAUUUAUCGCAGUUUUGGGACUCAGACGUUGCCAAUUCCUGAGUCAAUUCUCCUCGACGUUGAGGAGAAGUACAAGAAAGCUCAGUCUGAGCGCGAGGAGGAGGAAAAACGCGAUUUGCGACCUGCAGGUCGUCGCCGAAGUAGCGUCGACAAUGACGAUAUCUCGCAAUCAGUCAGCGACACAAUAAAGCGUUAUUUGCGCAUGGCGCGAAAAAAGAGCGUCGACACGGAUAAAGUGGACCGUUUCAAACGAGUGAAUUACGACAGAAACUUGCGGAACAUCAAAGCCAAAGGAGAAAUAACAAAACCAGGAGAUGACGACGGACUAAAUAAAGGUUGUCAAACCAACGACGAUUGGAUUGUUAAAUAUCGCGAUUUGAAAUUUGAUGAUUUUUCCGAUUGUGAAAGUCGGUUUUCUAGUUCGCGUAGUAGUGUGGAUGAGAACAAUAAGUCCUCGCCUAGUUCACCACCUCCGACCAAAUCCCAUUCCUUCCUCAGUCAUUUACUCCAUAAACAUGACAAAAGCAAUGCUUCAGCGACCGGUGGUCCUGCCAUGCAGAAGUCCAAGUCUUCGUCGAGUGUUAUGCACCAUGGGGGGCGACUCAUGGCGAAGAAGAUCUUCCGGUCGAGGUCCAAAAGUCAGACAAGGCCGAGUCAAGCCACUUGUAGUUGGACUCCACAGGGUGGGUGUGUUUGGAGUAAUCUGGCGGGGCGACAGGUCGUGCUUGGGUCAACUUCCCUCCUCCAUCUCACCGACAUUGAACGAAAAGUCCUCCAGAAAGUGGCUUUGGCGAAGUUGCAAGCCCUCAAUUUGGGCGUUGCCAUCAAAGUUCCAACAGAGUCCGUGGGCGGAGUUGUGAGCAAGCCGAAGAGGAGGCCCUACUUGUUGAAGCGGAAGGCGUUGACCACCGGAAUUUUCGACACAAAUCGCAAGGAGGGCGACAAGGAGGGUGGCAAUACCGGAGGCCUCGUAUUCGGAAUUCCCUUGACACAAUGCGUGGAGAACGACAGACUGACAAGGGCUGCAGCGAGGACUAGUCCCUUGCUUUCCGGGGAAGAACCGGCGACUAUAGGAAGACACGGGUCAAGAUCCAGCUUUAGUUCCUUAAUUGACGCGCCUCGAGGUGACGAGAGCGGCUCCUGCGAGAGCUUAAUGUUACGCGAGAGGAUCGUAGGAAGCGUCCCUGGCUUACUCGACACCCUCUCCUGCGGCUCCACCAGCGACCUUCCGCACGAAGAGGAAGCUUCCGUCCCUAACAUCCUCAGCGAGUGUUUCCGUCAUCUCGAACAGCACGGGUUGCACACUUUAGGUAUUUUCCGCGUUAGCACAUCGAAGAAGAGAAUUCGACAAUUGAGAGAAGACUUUGAUUGUGGGAAAGAAACAACUUUAGAUGACGAUCAAUGUCCUCAUGAUGUAGCAACGCUUUUGAAGGAGUUUUUGAGGGACCUUCCCGAUCCGCUUCUUUGUAGAGAUCUCUAUCAAGCGUUCGUUCAGACACAAAGGAUACGCAACAGGAGACUACAGUUCGAAGCCCUUCAACAUCUCAUUCAACUGUUGCCGGCGACCAAUAGGGACACGCUUUUUGCCCUUCUUGCGUUUCUCGCCACCGUUGCCCAGAAUGCCGCCGACACCAAGGACGAGUCAGGCGAAUGUGUAUCUGGGAACAAGAUGGACUCCAACAACUUGGCGACAGUCUUCGCCCCCAACAUCCUCCACUGCAUCAAACCAGGAAGUUCAAAAGAAAGCGACCGUCCUGAAGACCGAAUCGAUAUCAUAAACGUGGUACGAACCCUAAUCGACCACUACAAACAACUUUAUACCAUUUCGGCUGAACUUCUAGAUGAAAUUUAUGUACACAUGAUGGACUCACAUCCUGAAGCUUUGGACCAACUUUUGAACAAAAGAGACGCAAUUUCGGGGGCUGAUGAGUCUGUUGAGGAGGUCGAUAGUGAAAGUUAUUCAGCUCCUUGGAGUCCCACAAUAGAAAACGUUGACAUUGAAACGAAGAAAAUGUACUCGCGGGAGGAGUUUUUGCACGAAAGGGCUGCCAUGGGGGGCCCCAAUGUGGGUAUGAGACUACGACACAAGGAUCGAAUUCGGGACCGCAGUUCGAAGAAAAGACGCGACGAAUCCAGCUCUCGGAGGAAGAAAGAGGAUGAAGGUAGUCUAGGUUCUGGAAUUUCUUCGGCAAUUCACAUAAUCUCGCGUUUGCGCGGCCAAAAAGACGACGAUUACCAAUACGGCAAAACCCGUUCUUCCUCCUUGGAGAGCAACAAUUCCGACGUCUUGCGUCUCGACGACGAGCGUCGCAAAUCCUCCCCUUACGUCUUGGACAACAGCGGCGUCAUCACCGCAAGUCUGACCAUCCCCGCCCCCCAGCCCCUCAACGUGGACGACGACAUUCCUUACAUCGAGGACGUGGAAAACACCCGAAUAACAAUCGGGUUGGUUCGCACCCCGACUGCACCUCCUCGACGACGGCAACGAUCAAUCAGCGGAAGCGAUUCAUCUGUUGCAUCGGUGCAGCCAAUCACAGGAUCGAUAUCCUUGGUGCAAGGAUACGACUCGGCUGUGGGGUCUUCGAGUCCUGUCUCGUGGGGGUCCACUCCCCCCACGUCCCCCGAUAGCGUCCAAACUGUCAAUUACAUGCCGGAGGAGCUGCAAAAGGGGGCGAAAAGCGGGGCAACACUCCAAAAGGUCUCGUUCUCCUCCACACAAGAAGUGCAACAAGUCAAAACGAAGAGUAGAGAGGAUUUACAGAAGAGUUUCAGUGUUUCAGCUUUCGAAAAACAAACUCCGAGUAUUUCCAAUAUUGGGAAUGCGGUUUUGAGGUCGCGAACGGCCGAUUUUGAGAGGAUUACCACCAAAGUGGAGAAGCCUAAAAGUGGCUCAGAGAAGAAGAAGUAUACGAAACGGAGGUAUACUGAUUCGAGGCACCAGACGAGGCAUAUUCCCGAUUCGGAAACUCUUGAAUCGGUAAAUACGCAAAGCAAAAAGGAUGAGUCAGUGGUGGUGGCACAAGCACCGGUUUAUAAAAGAAGGGAACUCAUCUCGAGUGUUCCAUCGAAGUAGGGAAAAAGGGAGAUAUCUUUCGAAUGUGUUCAAAACUUUCAGUGAUCAGUGUCUAGCUCUAGUUAUUGGCCCAAAAUUGUUAUCUAUUUUCUAAGGAUGCAUGCAAACGAACUGUGUGUUGGUGUAAAAAUUAAAACGGCUUAAGUCAAUAAAUAAUAACGUGA